UACGUAUUUACAGUGACGUCAUCAGGACGCGCCAGACGUCAACACAGAAGCAUCAUGGCGGCGCCUCAGCCGAAGCAGGAGAAAGAGGGCGAAGAUUGCUCUUUACUGCCUUUAGUCCAUGAUAUAAUUAAAUGCAUGGAUAAGGAGAGUCAGGAUGAGAGCCAGGAUGUGCACCAGGAGUUGAACAAGCUGAAGGCAAAAAUACAACAGGCCCGGGACCAGAUCACCACUAUGCCCGGCAUCGAGAGCAGUCCCGUGGACCAGCAGCAGCAGCUGGAAACGCUGAGGGAGCAGGUCCACACCAAGAACCAGUUGCUGCAGAAAUAUAAGAGCCUCUGCAUGUUUGACGUGCCUAAAGCAUCUUGAAGGAUCCUAAAUUAAGAUUCUGGAAGAUCUCAUCCUCUUGGAUGGAACACUCGAGGACAUCCAUCCAUCCAUUUUCUACCGCUUGUCCCUUUUGGAGUCGCGGGGAGGUGCUGGAGCCUAUCUCAGCUGCAUUCGGACAAUACGGACUAAAUGGAUGGAACGCCAUUCUGGCGCAAUUGUAUUCUGACCACAUCGAUAAUUAUCAUGUAUGUUUUGUGUUGCAUGUGCACAAUUUGAGGGAUUUUCACAUUUAUUUUGUAUUAAAGCUGCACAAAAAUAUUGCAUUCUUUUCUGGGCAUUGGUAAGUCUUUGAGGAAGCAGAGCAAACCAUUCAAGUUUUGGGAAAUUUCUGUUUUGCGUAUGUAAGUAAUUAUUGAAUGCAUGUAAACAACCGUCGUCAUGCUCAGCCCAGCCCUACAGACAACAGGCUUAGAGUAGCGACCACUAAUUAUGUAGUUAUUUGAGUAGUGCUAGCCAAUGAGCUAACUGCCACGGGUUGACAGCUCAUUGUCCAGCACGGUUCUACACUUUUCACAGCUGCACCAGCUAGCAUCCAUUACCUGCAGGAAAGC